UACAGUUGGAACAAGUUGGAUAUAGAGAACAGUGGCCAAUAUGGCUUCGAAGGAAACUAAUCUUUCUGCAUUAUACGCGGAAUUAAAUAAAUUAGGACAAAAUGGAGAGUACGAAAGAGCCUUGAAGACCGCAAAUAGAAUUUUAGGUAUUUCUCAGGACGAAGAAGCAGCUUUCCAUUGUAAAAUUAUUUGUUUUAUCCAAUUGUCCAAAUUCAAUGAUGCACUGCAAUUCAUUGUCAAGAACCCCAAAUUGUCUUCAAACUUGGAGUUUGAAAAGGCAUACUGUUUAUACCGUUUAAACCAAGUGCCGGAGGCUUUAAAGGUGGUUGAAAGUGUACAGAAUCCAUCGCUAAAACUUAAGGAACUAAAAGCACAGAUUCUGUACAGACUUGAAAAGUAUGAAGAUUGCUUCUCAGUAUACCGUGACAUUAUUAAAAAUACCCAUGAUGACUACGAAGAUGAAAGGGAAACUAAUUUGGCUGCUGUUCUGGUCAACUUGGCCAUCGAAGGCUCAGAUUUGGAGGUUCCAACCCUAAGGGAAACUACAUAUGAGUUGACUUACAAUGCUGCAUGUCAGCUAGUUGCUCAUGGUAACAACGGUGAUAGAGCCAUCCUAGCAGAGGCUGAGAAAAAGUUAAGGACUGCUGAGAAAAUGUGUCGUGAAGCUCUCGAAGAAGAUGGAGUAACAGAGGAAGAAAUAGAAGAUGAAGUUGGCAUCAUAAAAGUCCAACUAGGCUACUGUUUACAAAUCCAGGGUCGCGAGAAGGAAGCUCAAACUUUAUACGCUGCAGCUCUCAAAGCCAAACCAGAUGAUAUUGCUCUGGUUGCAGUAGCUAGUAACAAUUUGGUCACUCUGAACAAGGACCAAAAUGUUUUCGACAGUAAAAAGCGGAUGAAGAGUGCUACUCAUGAAGGAUUGGAGCACAAGCUAACAUCGAGACAAAGAAGAAGCAUCGCUUACAAUCAAUGCUUACUAGCAAUGUACACCAAUCAAGGUGAACAUUGCCAGCAACUGUGCAACAAACUCGCAUCCCAGCAUCCGGAGUUAACAGCGGACGUUACUCUGGUGAAGGCUGUUCAGUUGAGCAAGGAAGGCAAAGCAAAGGAAGCUGCAAAAUUAUUGAGUGCUCACGCAGUUGGGGAUAAGCAGCUGCCGUUGAAGUUAGCGUGUGUGCAGCUACUGCUGAGUCAGGAUGAGAGGAAAGAAGCAGUAAAAAUUUUAGAAAAUCUUAACGAAAGAGAGAGAUCACUUCCUGGAAUAGUUAGUGCCCUUGUAACUCUUCUUCUGGCAGAUAACAAUCGCGAUAAGGCUUCGGCUGUGCUGAAGGAAGCUGUAAAUUAUUACAAAAAGAAUAAGGAAAAUACAGGAAACCUGGGAACAUUAUGGCGCCAAGCAGCUGACUUCCAUCUUCGUGGAGGUGAAGUCAGUGCAGCAGCUGCCAGUUUAGAAGAAUUACUCGCCGCAUCUCCAACUGAUACUAAAACAUUAGCGCAAUUGGUAAUAGCAUACGCCCAGUUUGAUCCUGCCAGAGCACAGCUUUUGUCAAAACGUCUACCACCUUUACAUCACCUAGCGGAAACGACAGAUGUCGACGCUCUGGAAAGCAGCAAUUGGGUAAUCGGCACCAAGGUGGUAAAACGUAAAGUGGAACCAUCUCCUGGAAAACCCAUAGCGGAUCUGACGCAGAAGAAGAAUAAGAAGCGCAAACGCAAGGGACAACUACCAAAGAAUUACGAUCCUAAUGUUCCUCCUGAUCCUGAAAGAUGGUUACCAAGACACGAAAGAAGUGGUUUCAGAAAGAAACGGGAUCGUAGGAAUAGGGAUGCUGCCAUGAAAGGAACUCAGGGUGCUGCAGCUGGAGCUAGCGACCUUUAUGACAUCACGAAAAUGCCGGCAAACGCCAAGCCAUCUCCGAAUCCUCGACACAGUCCAGCAGUGGAAUCAUCAGGGCCAAGACAACAACAAAGGAAAGUUCAGCAAAAGAAGAAAAAGAAAGGUGGCAAGUGGUAAAAGAAAGUCAAAAACAGUAUAACCGUCAAAAUAAAAAAUUCAGUGUUUCCUCUUAGGAAAAAGUAAUAGAAAGUCGUUUUCACUAUGAGAGUGAAAAAUUUUUAAUGCAUUUUUUUACUUUCUACCAAAACCUGUAAAUACGCAACUGAAUCACCGGAUGCAAAUUCACUAAAUUUAAAACUGCGUGUCUUCAUCAUGCCACCCAUGUAUUUUCAAAUGACAUUUCCGAGAGUUACCUGAAAAUGAAUUGUAAUGGGUAUAUUAAAUAUAGAGAAUACAAAAGCAA